AUGCGUUUCUCAACAAUUGCUUUCUUCUUUGCUUUUGCUGCAUUUGUAGUUGAGGUAAGUUUCCAAAAUUGCUAACUUUUAUUAGUUAUUCAAGUAUGGAUUUUUAGGGAAGUGUUUUACGUGAAAAAAGACAAUGUGGAUGUGCUGCUGUUCAACAAUCACAAUGUUCUUGUCAACAAGUUCAACAAACUAAUAGUUGCUCAUGUCAAUCAACUCCAAUUGUUCAACAAUCACCAUCUUGUUCAUGUGCUCAACAAACUCAACAAGUUCAAACUGUUCAAGUUCAAUCAAAUCAAUGUGCACCAGCUUGUCAACAAAGUUGUACUCAACAAUGUCAAUCUUCUCCAUCAGUUUCAAAUUGUCAACCACAAUGCCAACAACAAUGCAGUGUUCAAUGUGAUACACCAUCUACCACUACACAAGCUCCACAAGUUAUUCAAAUUCAAUUGGAAGUUCAAGCUGCUCAAUGCCAACCACAAUGCCAGCAACAAUGCCAAUCAUCUUGUGUUGCUCAACAGCAACCAGCUCAACAAUGUAAUCAAGCUUGUAAUACUCAAUGCUCAAAUCAAUGCCAGCAACCACAAUAUACACCAACCACUACCACAACGUCUGCUCCACAAGUCAUCCAAAUUGUUCUUCAAACAUCAGUUGCUGAAUCAGCUCAAUGUGCUCCACAAUGUGAAUCUUCUUGCCAGCAACAAUGUGUCCAGCAACAGCAACCAGCUCAACAAUGUCAAUCUGCUUGUCAAUCGACUUGUUCUAACUCAUGCCAAACUGCUGCUUCCCAAUCAAAUGUUCAACAAUACCAACAAACUUCAUCAAAUGUUCAACAAUACCAACAAACUUCAUCAAAUAUUCAACAAUAUCAACAAGCUAAUACUAUGGCUUGUAAUCCAACAACAUCUUCAAAUCAAUGCUCGUGUCAAACAAACUAUUCUCCAUGUGGAAAUGGACAAUGUUGCAGAAGAAAGUAA